UCUAUGAAUGCUUCCAAAAGCUGAGACGGUGUUCUUUGGUCCGCCCAUUUUUGUCACACCAAUCACUCUUCUUAAUACUACAAAACCCAGCACCUGGAAUCCACGCCUCCUCUGUCUCCUCCAUAACCAAACAAAGCUAGCUUCACUCUUCUUCUACCUCUCUCGGUGUUGAUUGCUUUGCUUUGCUUGUACUGACUGGGCUGAAAUGGAGAGAAGCUUCGGGAAGGUUGUCAAUGCCAACGACAGAGACGAAGAGCUUGCUCUGUUUCUGGAGAUGCGGCGCCGCGACAAGGUCAAGGAGAAAAAUGGCAACUUUCUGCUCCUUCCGACCAAGACCGCCGGCGACGAGUUUGAUGCUGCUCCUCCGCUAGAGUAUGAUAAGGCGAUGUACAAGAUUAAUGGGUCGGCGGCGCCGGAGCGGAGGAGUAGAGUCGAUGAGUUUUUGAACUCGGAGAAUGAGAGAUCGGAGUACGAUUGGCUAAUUACUCCACCUGCUACCCCACUGUUUCCGUCUUUGGAGAUGGAACCCCAAAAAACUUUGGUUAGUCAGAUUGAGGAACCUAAUGCACGCGAUUCCGCUCCAAAAUCUAGGCUAGCAAACACUGCAAAGAUGGAAACUGCUUCAGACAUCAAAGUAGCAUCUAAGCAGUCAGCAUUGCCAUCACGACCGAAUUCUUCCAGUAAUAGUAACAGGAGACCCUCACCAUCAAGAGGGCCAACAGCUGCCCCGCGUAGAUCUGCAACACCAACUGGACGGUCCACAUUACCUUCAUCAACCAAGCCAUCAAGAUCCUCCACUCCCAAUUCACGAACCACCUUACCAUCUGUCAAGCCAGUGGCUCCUCCAGUGAGGUCCUCAACUCCUUCUAGACCCACUGUGCGUUCUUCUACACCAACUGGCAGAGCUUCUGUCCCGGCUUCUAAGACAACAUCAAGAUCGGCAACACCAACCCGGCUGCCAAGUUCAUCAAGUACACCUACACCAUCUGCUCCUCCUGGCCGAUCUUCAGUAUCAAAGUCUGCUCCUCCAAGUUCAAAAAAUUCUGUGCCAUCACGGGGAAGUUCUCCAACAGUGAAAUCAAGGUCCUUGAAAUCCUCAGAUAUGCCUGCUAUCUCACUCGAUGCUCCACCAAAUUUGAGAACCACUUUGCCACAAAGACCUACUUCAGCCUCCAGGGCUCGUCCUGGGGCAUCGAGUGUUAGAUCAUCUUCUGCUGGAGCUGUUUCUAAUGGAAAACCUAGACAGCAAUCAUGUUCACCUUCUAGAGGAAGGGCUGCACAUAGCAAUGCCACUAAUGGGUAUGCUCGUCAAGUCACAAGUAAAUCAUCAUCCAAUGACAGUGAUGAUGUAAACCCUGUACUUAUGGGGACUCAAAGUGUUGAGAGAGUAGUGAACCAGAGGAAACUGGCACCACCGAAGCAAUUUGACCAUUCUACUCAGAAGAAUCCUGAUGGCAAGUCUUCGUCCUCUGACAGCUUAGGCUUUGGAAGAACACUUUCGAAGAAAUCCUUCGAUAUGGCCAUGAGACACAUGGAUAUAAGGCGAAGCGUCCAAGAUAACUUGCAUCCUGUUUUGACAAAAGUUCCAGCUUCCUCGGUUUACAGUGUCCGAACAAGACCAACAAAAAGCAAGACUACUAAUGCUACGGAUUCUCCUCUUGCCACAUGCAGCAAUGCUAGCUCCGAACCAAGUGUCAACAAUAUUUCUGCAUACUUUGAAGGGUGUGAAAUUGAAGACAUUGAUCAUGAAAGUGAAAAAGGCAACUCCUCUCCUGCAUUCGAGCAAGGCAGGUGACCAUUGGUCUUGGGUCAUUGGUUUGCAUCUGUUGUCAUUCUCCUGCCAUUGUUAUUUUACAAAGUUGCCUACUCUACGCGGUAGUUAAGCUCAGCUCAUCUCUGAAAGGAGCUGAUGGUAGAAGGCAAGCUAAACUACUGUAAAUUUUAAAGAACUAAGUCCAAGAGUGCAUGUCUUUUCUGGACCUGCCUAAGUGGAACAAAAAAUCAGGUACAUUCAAUCAGUGAGCUACUUGUUAGCAGUGAUUGUUUGUAUUAGAUCUCAGUUAAUGGAAAUUGAAGGGCUCCCUCAGCUUUUACA